GCGCUUGCAUUUUGACCUCCGUGCCCUCCGCGUGGAGAACCAACUUUGGCCUUUCUCAACGAAAGUGCAGUGCAUGUUCUGACGACAGCUAACGGUAUACGGCACGGCACGGCGAGGCGAGGACAGGACGGGACGGCUGGCUCUUUCAUACUCUUGUGCCUGGGCGGAGUCCCCAACUUCUGCUCCUUUCCUUCACCUCUAGAAAGAGUUUCCCACCACCCCUGUUCAAAGGCGCAAAGCAUUCCACAAUUCAAAUGGAAACAACCGCACCAGCAACCACAGCACUCGACCUCCCGCGCUCACCCUCCUAUACAAUAGACCUAACAGGCAACCACCCGGUCUUUGAUGCCGAAGAAUGGGAGGAUGCGUCCCGCUUACUGGUGGAGGUCUCCUCGUCCCCACCAAACGCUGGGUCUUCUUCAGCGACCUGUCGGAAUAACGCCCUGGCACCGCCAUUAGCAGCACCGGGACCGUCCACCUCGUUCACCAUCCCAGAACAGACGCCCGAAGAACUCCUCACCGAAAUGUUCCCCGACGCCCAUCCAGAUCAUAUUUCCGAGCUCCUACAAUCGCACGGCGGCGGGCAUCACGCCGUGCAAGAGGUGAUAGAGCAGUUGUUUGCGUCGAAUGGAACGUAUAGGAGAAGGGAGACGGGGGUGCGGAGUCCGGGCGCGGGGAAGAGGGGGCGGGAGGAGGGAGAAGAUGGGGACAGGCCGACGAAGAGGGUUGCGAAGAGGAAUUAUUUGGAGGUUGUUGAGUGGGGCAUGAAUGCGAUGUAUCAGGAUUCAUGCUACAAGCAAUUGCAAAUCGACUACCCUGUCGUGCCCGCAUGUUACAUCAAACAAUGCAUGGCCCAGCACAACAAUCAAUACAUUCCCACUUUCAAAAAGCUCGCCGACCUGCGCGAUUCCGGUGACAAACUCCCGUACACACCGUUGAUGCGCGGGCGCAACAAGGGCAAAGACACAGGGCGCAACGGCCGUCAACGCCGAGACGAAGGGUUCGAAGUGGAACGCGCGACGCUACUGACAUGGAUCGCAGACGGGACGCUAAAAGCCGAACUUCAAGAAGCGGAGAUGGAAUGCGGGUGCUGCUAUUCGGACUAUCCCUUCUCCAAAAUGGUCCAAUGCGAAGACGGUCAUCUCUUCUGCUCCGAAUGCGCCCGCCGCGCAGCCGAGAACGUCAUCGGCCUCCGCAAAACCGAGUUCAAAUGCCUCUCUUCCCACGGAUGCGUUUACGGCUUCUCGCAGGCCUCCAUACAGGAAUUCUUGCCGGAAAAGGUGUACGAAGGCUACCUCCGCCUCUGUCAAGAAAAAGAGGUCGAGAUGGCGCAGUUAUCCGGCUUCGAAUCCUGCCCGUUCUGCCCUUUCGGCGCGAUCCUGACCACGCACCCGGACGUUGACAAGCUCUUCCACUGCGCCAACACCACCUGCAUGAUCGUCUCCUGCCGCAAAUGCCGACGGAAAAACCACAUUCCCCUAUCCUGCGAGGAAGCCCAAAAAGAAAACGUCUUAGACGCCAAACACGCGAUCGAAGAAGCAAUGACACAAGCCCUCCUCCGCGAAUGCCCCAAAUGCAAAAACAAGUUCUACAAAGAGGAAGGCUGCAACAAAAUGACCUGUUCCUGCGGCCAGCAGAUGUGCUAUAUCUGCCGGCAACCGGUCAAAGGCUAUGAUCAUUUCCUGGACAAGACGAUGAACCCGCGGGGGAAUAAGGCCAAUACGUGUGUGCUGUGGGAUGAUACGAAUAAACGGAAUGUGGAGGAUGUGAAGAAGGCGUUGAAGGAGGCGAGGACUGUGCAUGGGGAGGUGGUACAGGGGGAGGAUGUGAAGAGUUUGGAGAUUGGCCUGGAGGCGAAACCUGCCGUCGGGCCUGGAAGGGGUCCUGCCGCUGCGGGUGCCCUUGCCGGGCUGAAUGAGGUUCUGCAGCGGCAGAUGCAGGCACUCCAUGCACGCUUUGGACAUGUGUUUCCAGGGGCUGCCGCCAUCGGCGCGGAUGCACCACAACUGCAAGGGGCUUGGGAUGCUCCUGAUGCCCGGCUGCGCGCUUAUCCGGAGGCGCGUCCUCGACCACAAUUUCAAUAUCCAGCACAACCACAACAAAUAGCACGACUCCCACCAGCUCGUCAAGGCAUACUCCACCGCGCCCAAACAGAACGUCUCGCAGAACUCGACCGGCAAGCACGCGGCUUACGCGCUCGACUAGCACAUAGAGCUGGGGCCGCUGCUGGUGAUGGUGCGGCCGCGGAAGCUGCACAGCCACGCGCUGGGGCAGUGCGUUUGGAGGUUUUGGAGAGGCAGAUUGAGGCGUUGAGGAGGUUGAUUGAUGGACCGAGGGGUGCUGCUCCGGGGAACGCAGGUGGAGCUGUUCCCGCGGUGCAAGCACAACUACCGCGCGCACCAGCGCAAGCCCAACAAGAGGUAGAGCUGCAUCUUCAACAGCUUGCAGCGCGGCGACAGGCGUUAGUAAACCAGCAACGGGAACUCGAAGCCGCGCAACAACGAUUACGGGAACACCAAAACCAACAUCAACUGCAACAGCUAGAGCAGGCCAGAGCCAACGAAUUGCGUGCUCAUGCUCAACCAGUUGCAGCUGGCCGACAAGCACGCAUUGCACGGGAAGCCCGCGUUGCACAGCUUCAGGCGGCCCAGGCGCAGCCUGCGCAGGCUGCUGCUGCUGGUGUUGGCGCGGCGCAACCACCACCACGGCAGAAUCCUCUUACCCGGUUUGUUCCGCCACCCCCGCGCGCUGCGAUUCGGAUCGCUGGAGCUGUCCCGAGGCCCAACGCUGCCGCAUUCGGGAGAGCAGCCAACCCCGUCGUCAUCGACGAUGACGAGCCGUUACCGCGGAAUCCACCGCCACCCUACCAACCCGCAGCACCACGGGAUGCAGCGCAACCGAUUGUUAUUGAUGACGGACCUGCGAUACCACCGCCGGCGCCGGCGCCGAGGAAUGUGCGGAGGGGUCGUAGACGAUAGGCGAUAAGGCGUUGGCCAGAUCUCACGACAACGCAUCA